UUCCUCCAGCACCGGAUGUGUCCGAGCGCCCUUCUGGCGGAGCCACACGCGCUCGGCCCAAGGUUCCGCCCUCCAGCAUCAAGAUGCACGGACAGUAUUUGUGGACUUGACCGCAUCCCAGGAAAUCCAGCGGGCCUGGCCACUUCUGGGCGCCAGGACCACAGCCGGCCACCCCACGGACGCCUGGGACGCUCUUCUGGGCCCCCUUCGGGGCUGGGCGUCGGGCUCGCAACAACUGCGACCAACUGGCUCCGCGAGGCCUGGGGCGCAGGGGUGGGGCUCACGUCGUGGGACGGUUGCAUGGAUUAUUUUCGAUUGAUUUCCGAACCUUCAGGAAGCAGACACGCUCCCCUUCCUUCUUAGGGAUGGGGCGGCAGCCAACGAAAGCCCGAAGCCGCCUCCUUUUCUGUGUGGGGAGCUUGGAGAUGCUCAGGAGGGACCUCCCCGAUUCUGCGAUUCUGAGCAUCAUUUUUGGCAGGAGGCUAGAUAGAAGUAGUAAUUGACAUUCAUCACCCUAAAGUGCGGAUUAUGUCAGUACAGAUGCUACGACAGAAGAACUAAAAAAUGACAGAAAUGGUUUUAUUGUUUUUAAACUCUGGGAGCCUACUCCUUUAAGAGAUUAGGCUGUGCGCCGAUUCCCGCCUGGUCCCAGCGUGCCUUGCGCGGCUUGCCGUCGCAGACUCACGUACCCGGGCUCCUUGCGCGACGGUUACACUUCCGGCGGGCUACGUGCGCGCGGCGAGCGCCGGGCGUACUUUUGCGUGGUUGCUCCACCCCCUCAGCCUUGCCUUCGCCGCCGUUGGGGCUGGAAGUUCCCGCCAGGUCCGUGCCGGGCGAGAGAGAUGCUGCCCGGCCCGCCUCGGCUUUGAGGCGAGAGAAGUGUCCCAGACCCACUUCGCCUUGCUGACGGCGUCGAGCCCUGGCCAGACAUGUCCACAGGGUUCUCCUUCGGGUCCGGGACUCUGGGCUCCACCACCGUGGCCGCCGGCGGGACCAGCACAGGCGGCGGUUUCUCCUUCGGAACGGGAGCGUCUAGCAACACUUCUGUGGGGCUCAAUUUUGGAAAUCUUGGAAGUACUUCAACUCCAGCAACUACAUCUGCUCCUUCAAGUGGUUUUGGAACCGGGCUCUUUGGAUCUAAACCUGCCACUGGGUUCACUCUAGGAGGAACAAAUACAGGAAUAGCAACAACUAUAACUACAGGAUUAACUCUGGGAACGCCAGCCACUACAUCUGCAGCUACAACAGGCUUCAGUUUAGGAUUCAAUAAACCUGCAGCAUCUGCCACACCAUUUGCUCUACCUAUUACCUCUACCUCAGCUAGCGGUCUGACUCUUUCGUCUGCUCUGACAUCAACUCCAGCAGCAUCCACAGGAUUUACUCUAAAUAAUUUGGGUGGGACAACAGCCACAACUACAACUGCAUCAACAGGCCUCUCUUUAGGGGGAGCCUUAGCUGGUUUGGGAGGUUCACUUUUCCAGAGUGCAAACACAGGAACAUCAGGACUUGGACAGAAUGCUUUAGGGUUGACUUUGGGAACUACAGCAGCUACUUCAACUGCAGGCAAUGAAGGCCUUGGUGGUAUAGAUUUCAGUAGCUCCUCAGAUAAAAAGAGUGAUAAAACGGGAACAAGACCAGAGGAUAGUAAAGCUCUGAAGGAUGAAAAUCUACCUCCUGUCAUCUGCCAGGAUGUUGAAAAUCUCCAGAAAUUUGUGAAGGAGCAGAAACAAGUUCAAGAAGAAAUUAGUAGAAUGUCUUCAAAAGCAAUGCUUAAGGUACAAGAAGAUAUUAAAGCUCUGAAGCAGCUCCUGUCGUUGGCUGCCAAUGGAAUACAGAGAAACACUCUCAACAUUGACAAAUUGAAAAUAGAAACUGCUCAGGAGUUAAAGAAUGCUGAAAUAGCUUUAAGAACCCAGAAGACACCACCUGGACUUCAACAUGAAUAUGCAGCUCCUGCUGACUACUUCAGAAUCUUGGUUCAGCAAUUUGAGGUACAGCUUCAGCAGUACAGGCAGCAGAUUGAAGAACUAGAAAACCAUCUUGCCACUCAAGCAAAUAAUUCACAUAUAACCCCUCAAGAUUUGUCAAUGGCUAUGCAGAAAAUUUAUCAAACAUUUGUAGCUUUGGCGGCACAACUUCAGUCUAUUCAUGAAAAUGUAAAGGUUCUGAAAGAACAGUACCUUGGCUACAGGAAAAUGUUCUUGGGAGAUGCUGUUGAUGUGUUUGAAACAAGGCGAGCAGAAGCCAAGAAGUGGCAGAACACACCCAGAGUUACUACUGGACCCACUCCUUUCAGCACCAUGCCAAACGCAGCAGCCGUUGCCAUGGCUGCAACACUUACACAGCAGCAACAGCCUGCUACAGGGCCACAGCCAUCUCUGGGAGUUAGUUUUGGAACGCCAUUCGGCUCAGGUAUUGGCACUGGCUUGCAAUCAAGUGGCUUAGGUUCUUCAAACCUUGGAGGAUUUGGAACUAGCUCUGGUUUUGGAUGCAGCACCACAGGGGCCUCCACAUUUGGAUUUGGAACAACAAAUAAACCCUCAGGAAGUCUUAGUGCAGGCUUUGGCAGCUCAAGUACAUCUGGGUUUAACUUCAGCAAUCCUGGCAUCACGGCAUCAGCUGGUUUGACUUUUGGGGUGUCCAAUCCUGCCUCUGCAGGUUUUGGAACAGGAGGACAACUCCUUCAGUUGAAGAAACCUCCAGCUGGAAACAAAAGAGGAAAAAGAUAAACAUGGGUUGAUGUGUUGAGAGAAUCCAUAGCAGCACCGUUCAUUCUAUGAGUCUAUUUUUCUAAUGAUGCAGUAAUUAAAUUGCAUCCCAGGAGAUUUAUAAAGUUUUGAUAUUUUUCCCUACUCUGGAAUUUGAACUUUCUUCAUGUUUGCCAUACUGAACAUCUUUUUUCUUGUGAAUUUAAAGUCCAGUUGUGUUUUCUUUUUAAUUUGAUUCUCAGUGUAAGAAAUGUUCUGAUUACAUCACUGAUUGGUAAUGGUUAGAAACCAUUAACCUAAAACUUACUAUUUAACCUAGUGUUUUUGUUGAUGAGGUUUACAUUAUGUGAAUACAUGCACAUUUGUUUCUUAUACAGGUGGUUUGAACUCUAGGGCCUAUACUAGAAUCAAUUUGUUCCUUGUUAAAGGCCUUUUGAAUUAUACUGCAGGGCAUCUUGUGAAUAUGUAUGUAAAUAUAUACAGAAUAAUACACACAGUUGUGUGUGCAUAUAAAAUACAUAUUUACGCCAGGCGUGGUGGCUCACGCCUGUAAUCCCAGCACUUUGGGAGGCCGAGGCAGGCGGAUCACCUGAGGUCAGGAGUUUGAGACCAGCCUGACAUGGUGAAACCCCAUCUCUACGAAAAAUACAAAAAUUAGCUGGGCAUAGUGGCGGGUACCUAUAAUCCCAGCUACUCGGGAGGCUGAGGCACGAGAAUCACUUGAAGCCGGGAGGUGGAGGUUGCAGUGAGCCGAGAUCGCACCACUGCUCUCCAGCCUGGGCAACAAGAGCAAAACUCCGUCUCAAAAAAGAUGAAAAUAAAAUAAAAUAUAUAUUUACAGGCCUACAACUUUUGCCUCAGACUGUUCCCCUUUUCUAAGGGUAUUCAAGUUUUCACCUUUUAAGCUUCAUAUCCUCAGUGCUUGUAGAAUGAUGAGCUAGAGGUACCAGGUCAUUGCAGUUGUUUGCUUAAAGACUUACAGAAAUGGUUACUGGCGUAAAUACUUGGCCAACUCAACUUUAUUGCCCCUGGUCUUUUCCAUUUUUGUUUCCACCUUAACCUAUAGCAGCUCCUCCAAAUGAGGAAUGCUGUAAGACUCAUCAAACAGAUUUUAACCAUUUUAUUAUCCUGUGUGUCCUUACAUUGCUUCUGUGAGAUGUUUUUUUCUUAUCUGAGAUGAACUUUCAGGAGCCUAUUUGAACUCCAGACUGGUGUUCUGGGGCAAAGAGCUAUUAGCCAAACUGAUUCUAUGCAGGUGAAGGAUGCACUAAAGUUCUCACUUUAGUGAGAACUUUUCUAGCUAUUCCAGUACAGAGUUCUUUCUUAUAGGGCUAUUGAUAUUGACACCAAAUGGAGUGGCUUCUCAGCCUCUUAAUGUCUUAGGUAAGUGCUUAAUUUGGAAUAGAGAAACCAGUAUAUUUUAAAAAAGAAAAAUAUUCUUUGUAGCAACUGUAAAUUCUCCCAUUAUAACAGUGAACAGAGCUCCAGGUAAUAACGCAUAGGCAUGUCAGGUUGCAUCUGUAUAUUUGACUACAUUAGUAUUAGUGACAUCAGGUGGAUAUAAAAGAAAACCCUUGGAAAGAGAACUGCCUUAGCCAUGAUUUCGUUAGUAGACCUAUUUAUGAUUCAAUUGCAGUUUUCAGAUAGGAUGUGAACAUGGAAUUUCAUUGAAAAUAGUUUAAUUUUUUAUAUAAAAGGUUUUGUAUAUAAUGUGUGUCAGUGACUAUUUUCAAAAUCAUUUUCAUCAAGACACCUUUUUUCUAAAAUAGGCAUUGCAUACACAUAUGCACACGUAUGUGCGUGUGCCACACAUAUUUUUUGUAUAAUGUUGGGUUUGAUUAUAAAAGUGUUGUCAAAUGUUUUAUUUAUCUGCAUAUAGCAGUGGUUGGCUUUUUUGAAUUGAAAUUUUUGCGCAUUGAUGCAUUGAAAUAAGGAAAAUUAUUUAUCUCUGAGCACUAAACUUAUUUUUGCAUAUUUCUGUAAUAUUGCAGUUCCCAGAUCCAGAUCAUGGGAAGUUAGGGAAAAUGUGUGAUUUUGUGUUUUGAAUUACUGUCAGAAUUACAUACACAAUUACAACAAACUUUUUUUAAAAGACAUUUCAUUGUACUGCAAAAAUCUGAAUAUUUAUAUUUCUUGUUUUUUUCUUUAUAUAUUUUGCAUUUUAAUAUGUUGAGCCACUGGAAAUUUGUAACAGAUUAAUUUGUUAUAGGAGUUUAAAUGUGUUGUCAUUGUCUCCAUUGUCUUUGUCCAGAGCCCAUUAUUAUGGAAACAAUAAAAUUUAUUGUGUCAGUUGCUUUGAUUCUU